AUGAAUUCCACUCACAAUCCAAAAUUACCAUCAACUUCCGCUGCAAGCAUGUCGUCUGACUUCCAACAGAACCAACACAAUGGAUUGCAGCAUUUGCAAAGUCAGCUUCUCUCCACAAUACUAAGGAGUAACAAGGAAGAAGUUAUAUGGAAUCUUGAUGAAGGAGUCGUUAAAGUUACAAACGCAUUACACAAUAAAAAAGUUCUUCUUGUCCUAGAUGAUGUCACAACAUGGCAACAAUUAACAGCAUUGCUAGGGCCACAACAGUUUUAUCCUGGAAGUAAAGUGAUCAUUACAACUAGGCACAAAUGGUUGUUAACUUUUUUUGAAGUAAAUCCAAAGGUCCAUGCUAUUGAAGAAUUAGAUCCCAAUGAUGCAUAUAAACAAUUUAGUUUGUAUGCCUUUAAUAGGGAUCAUCCUAUUGAACCCUACACCCUCCAAUCAGAACUUAUAGUUCAUCACUGUAGCGGUCUUCCUUUGGCUCUUAAAGUAUUGGGCUCGUUUCUAAAUGGAAAGACCGUGGAUGUGUGGGAAGAUGCAAUGCGCAAAAUAGAAGCAAUUCCAAAUCCCAAAAUUCAAAAACUUCUACAACUGAGCUAUGACACUCUAGAAGAGACCAGCGAUAAGGAAUUAUUCCUACAUAUUGCUUGUUUUUUUGUGGGUGAGGAUAAAGCUUUCAUUGUGAAGUUAUUAGCGGAAUGCAAUCUAUACCCUAUAGUUGGUAUCCAGAAUCUGAUGGAUAGAUCGUUACUCUACAUUGAAAAUGGGAGAGUGAUGAUGCAUCCGCUAAUCAAGGAGAUGGGUCAAGAUGUUGUUCGCCAAGAAUCACCAAAGGAUCCUGGGAAACGAAGUAGAUUGUGGAACCAUCAAGAUUCUUUAUGUGUAUUAAAAGAAAAUGGAGUAAGCAUUUAAAAUCUGAUUACAUUAUGCCUACUUAAUUUAUUAUGCAUGCU